AUUGACAUUUUCAAGGUUAGCACCAAGAAGGAAGACGGUACGUGAUGGAGCUCAAACCAGGCCUCUCAGCUUUCGUCACUGGGGGUGCCUCCGGAAUCGGUAGAGCUCUUUGCAUAGCUCUUGCCCAAAAGGGUGUAUUUGUUACAGUUGUUGAUUUCUCUGAGGAGAGGGGAAAGGAGGUUGCUUCGCUUUCGCAAAAUGAAAAUCUCAAGUUUCAUUCAGGAUUGAAAUUCCCAUCUGCUAUCUUUGUAAGAUGUGAUGUCAGCAACAAAGGAGAAAUUGCUGCUGCAUUUGAAAAUCACCUGGAAGUGUACGGGGGUUUGGAUAUUUGUAUUAAUUGUGCCGGUAUUUCAACUCCCGCGGUGUUCCAAAAGGACCAAACUGAUGGUUCACGCACGUGGAGACAUGCCAUCGAUGUGAAUCUUGUGGCAGUUAUUGAUUGCACCCACAGAGCGAUCAGAAUAAUGGAAGCUGCAAAAAGACCUGGUGUGGUCAUAAAUAUCGGCUCGGCAUCAGGACUAUAUCCAAUGAUCACUGACCCUAUCUAUUCUGCCUCUAAAGUUACUUUUCUAUCAAAUUUCAGACAAAUGUCCUUUUCUUUCAAUUCCUUCACGGAAAAAGCCUCUCUACUUCUACGGGUAGAAGAAACGUGGGGAGUGGUUAUGUUUACCAGAUCACUUGCUCCCUACAAGCGAAAAGGUAUCCGCAUCAAUGUCCUUUGCCCAGAGUUUGUUCGAACUGACCUGGCCGAAAAAGUGGAUUCUAAGUUUAUUGAACGAAUGGGAGGUUAUGUCUCCAUGGAUACAGUGAUUCAAGGUACGUUUGAGCUUAUAAGUGAUGAGAGUAAAGCUGGCUCGUGUUUAUGGGUCACUAACCGCAGAGGCCUGGAAUACUGGCCGACUCCAACCGAAGAAUCAAAAUACUUGGUGGUCCCUUCAAGAUUGAGGACAAGAUUUUCAUCGGUGGUUCCAUCUACUGUCCAGAUCCCUCAGAGCUUUGAGAAAAUAACUGUUCACACUCUGAACCACAAUUUUCGUAGUGCUACAAGUAUAGUGCGUGCACCAUUGAGAUUACCGAUCAAACCAAAUCAUGUCCUCUUGAAAAUCAUAUAUGCUGGUGUCAAUGCAAGUGAUGUGAAUUUUAGUUCUGGUAGCUAUUUCAGCGGAAGCAAGCAAGAAAUCAGCUCUCGACUUCCAUUUGAUGCCGGAUUUGAGGGUGUAGGAUUAAUCGCUGCAGUGGGUGAUGGGGUUAAAAAUCUAAAAGUUGGCUCUCCGGCAGCUAUCAUGACUUUUGGAGCUUAUGCUGAAUUUACCAUGGUACCCGCAAAACACAUUCUUCCUGUCGCAAGACCAGACCCUGAAGUUGUUGCCAUGCUUACUUCUGGACUUACAGCAUCAAUUUCUCUAGAAAAGGCAGCACAAAUGGAGUCCGGGAAGAUAGUUCUUGUCACUGCAGCUGCUGGAGGGACGGGGCAAUUUGCAGUUCAGCUCGCAAAAUUAGCUGGAAACAAAGUAGUUGCAACGUGUGGAGGUAAAGAUAAAGCUAUGCUUCUCAGAGAUUUGGGAGUUGAUCGAGUCAUCGACUACAAAGAAGAAGUCAUCAAAAAUGUUCUUAAGAAGGAGUUUCCAAAAGGCGUUGAUAUCGUUUACGAAUCCGUUGGUGGCGAAAUGUUUGAUUUGUGCUUCAACGCGUUAGCAGUUUAUGGGCGAAUGGUUGUCAUUGGUAUGAUCUCUCAGUAUCAAGGAGAACAUGGAUGGAAACCACGAAACUACACAGGACUGUGUGAGAAACUCCUAGCGAAAAGCCAAACUGUGGCUGGAUUUUUCCUCACACAAUAUACUCAUCUUUGGCAACAACAUUUGGAUAGUCUGGUUCAUCUUUUCUCCGUGGGAAAGCUAAAGGUUGCAAUAGACCCUAAAAGCUUUGUGGGCGUUCAAUCCGUUGCUGAUGCAGUUGAAUAUCUCCAUUCUGGUAAAAGCGUUGGCAAGGUGGUGGUUUGCAUUGACCCGAGUUUCAGUCAACAAGCAGCCAAACUUUAAGUUUACCAUUGGUAAUAAACAUUGUUGGAGUAAUCACAUAAGCAUCGGCAAACUGGAAAUAUAGAGGACUCUGUUAUUGUUCCUUCAUGAAUAAAGUUGAAUAAGGCUCACACGUAUGAUCAUAUUUUUCCGAAAUAACUCUCCUUCGGGUUGUUUCAUAUACAAACAACUAGACCACAUCGGAUAUGUUUGUUCUUGUGCUUGAAUAUCCUGGAUUUUGUUGAAUGAAUUCUGUAACUUCUACAGGUUAAGAUGAACCAACUGUUUGU